AUGCGAAUUUUGCAGGCUUUUGCGUGGCUUUGGGUGUCGGGUGGUUUGAACUGCACGGGAUGCGCCCAUCAGGCGGAACUGUCACGGAAACGUGCCAUCGAGGUGACACGGGAGCUCAUCAGCUCGGCAGAGAAGAAAGAGGAGGAUCGGUCAGGUCCCGCAUACCUGCUGCUCCACAAGACGCCCCUUUGCACAGUACUUCUACCACCAGGACUUCUCCUUCUAGGUGUAUUCACAGCAGAGCUGUCUACCAUUGCUGUGCGUUCUCUCCUUGCAGUCUUUGCUGUUCUUCGCAAUGCUUCAGGCACCAGCCCCUGCGUGCUGGCGCUCGUGGGGCUUGCAGCAGCUGCAGGAGCGGCAUCUGCUGUAGUUGCCGCCAUUGUCAUGCGACGCAGCGAUGAUGAGGUUGAGGUCUCGGUGACUUGGGAUGUUCAGCUUGAUCCUGAUGAAUUGGUGCUUCGCUUCACUGCUUUGAAUGGCGACGCUUUCAACCUGCAGAACUACUACUCGUUGCAAAGCAAUUUGGGCACGCGUCGCCGUGGGCAGUCUCGGUGCAUUUUCCAAAAAAGCCCCGACAAGUAUUUGUGCCCUGUCUGCAUUUACUCACAAGGGGCAAUGCGAGGGGUUGGUGGUUUGAGGCGCCUGAUUCAAAACUUUGGGCGCGAAUUAGCAGUCACGGCGCAGAAGCUUCAAGCUCAAGCCGAAACGAAUCCUCCUGGACUUGCUGGAAUGGAUGAAGGCCUCCUAGCAAGGACCUUGGACCAACUUCGACGCCGCUUGUCAUUCUCUGCUUUGGACCCGGCAAAGACGCGAUACCGGCUGCCAUCGAUGUGCAUCGAUAGCAAAAGCGACGCGCGAUAUCGCUGCUGGCAGAAAGGCCCCAACAGCUUAACUUGCCAAACGCUGCCCGAGUUUUUCAACGAUAGCUUCGCCCGGAACACGGACAGAGAGUUCCUGGUCUAUGAAGGAGACCGUUUUACGUACGGUGACUCGCUAGCCAUUGCAGUAGCCUUGUCUAGGGCGCUGGCUCAGAAGUUUGGAGUGGAAAGAGGCCGCUGCGUUGCUAUUGCUGGAAGAAACUUUCCAGAAUGGGUUUUCACCCUCAUUGCAGUGAACGGUUACCUCAGUGCUGUAUCGCUGCCUGUGAACGCAUGGUGGACUGGCCCCGAGUUGAAGUAUGGCUUGGAAGAUUCUCAAAGCUGCUUGCUGGUGGCUGACUUAGAGCGUCUGGAUCGAGCACCUUUCCUGGAGCAGAUGCGAAUUCCUGCAAUUUGUAUGCGAGCGGGGGCGAGGCAACCGCCGCAAAGUGCUCAGCGUUUUGAGACGCUCGUGAGCCUUGGAAAGUCCUUGGACCCGAUACCGAGACAGCCAGUGGACCAAGAUGAUCGAGCAAUGCUGAUGUACACUUCUGGCACUACUGCCAUGCCGAAGGGCGUGCUCAUGAGCCAUCGAAACAUUUGCUCGGCAAUCAACACCUUGAGCCUUUUCCAUCACAGAGCAGAGUCCAAGACGCCAAAAACGGUUAUUCUUGCAUCGCCGCUUUUCCACGUGAAUGGAACGCAUGUAGGUCUGUUUGGCGCAAUUUGUCGAGGUGAAAAGAUGGUGCUGAUGUACAAAUGGGAUCCGACGCAGGCAUUGCAGCUGAUUGAGCGUGAGCAGGUGCAUUUGAUCGUUGGGGUCAACCAUCCAGACUUUAAGAAGUACAACACGUCUUCAAUGAUCAACGUGGGUGGUGGUGGUGCGGCCUUUGCAGCACCAAUGAUCAAGAGAGUGAAGGCAACAUUUAAGAAUGCGCGGGCUUCCACGGGCUAUGGGCUGACAGAAACCGAUGCCAUUAGUGUGGUCAUGCCUGCAGAGCUUUUCCCAGCGCGGCCCACGUCCUGUGGCCUUCCGGUUGUCAAUGUGGAUGUUUGCAUUUUGGGCGACGACGGCCAAAAGCUGCCACCUGGCGGUGUAGGUGAAAUAUGUUUUCGCGGUGCUACUGUCAUGCAAGAGUACUGGAGAAAGCCUUCCAAGACCGCUGAAGUUUUCCAUAUCGAUGAUCACGGGCACUUGUGGUUUCGAUCUGGCGAUAUUGGGGCUCUGGACGAGCAGAACUUCGUUUACAUCCUUGACAGGGCCAAAGACAUCAUCAUUAGAGGCGGUGAGAACAUCUCGUGCGCUGAGGUGGAGCAGGCCAUCUUUGAUCACCCAGCUGUGGCAGAGGUUGCUGCAGUGGGCAUGCCGCAUGAAAACCUGGGUGAGACAGUUGCUGUAGCAGUUGUUUUUAAGAAGGAUGUGUCGCCCCCACCCGCAGAAGAACUGCAGCGGCACGCUGCCAGUCUGUUACCGCGACAUAUGGUGCCUGCCGAAGUCUUCGUUUGGAAGAUGGCGUUACCUCGAGGUUUCCUGUUCCAAAGGGUUCAAGCGCGGAAACUGUAGGAGGGUGAGUUGGAACCUCAGGUGUCCAGCCCUUAAUACCCCACUGACUUUGCACGACGGCAGGUGCCACUGGAAAGAUUCAGAAGAAAGACAUCCGAGAUUAUGUCAUGAAAUCCCGCAAAGGUCAGGACGCCACGGCUCCAUUUAGUAAACUUUGACCUCGUGAAACGAGGAGUUUUGAACAAAACGGCGGCAAUUUUCGUUGUCAUGGCAGAGUCAUUUUCGACGAGACAUGUGUUUAUUUUUGAGCUGGAGCAAAGCCUCGAGUUGCAUGGGGUUGCCUCGUGCGCAACCCUGCACAUGGCGAUUUGCAUUUUCUUGACGUGGGGUAAAAG